CCCGCGGGCCGGCGUACCGCAGCCUCGGUGCGCCCCGCCCCGCCCCGCCCGGCCGCCGCGGGACGACUAACGGUUACGAAGCACUUUUUCCGCGGCGAUUUCUGCUUAGUCAUUGUCUUCCAGGAAACGGCGCCCUCAGUCUUAAGCCAACGCCGCUGAGGCGGCCGCAGGAAGCCGCCGCUCCGCCGCUCGCCGCCCAGUCGCCGUUCCGCCGGCCUCCGGCCUCCUCGGCCCCGAGCGCACACCGGCCUCCGCCGCGCGGGCCCGGCCGCUCGCGCUCGCCUCUCGGGCCGGGCACCGCGUCCUGCCCGGCGGCCGCCUCCCGGCCCUCCCGGCCCGCCCGUCCUCGGCCCCGCCGCCGCCGCCCGACUCCUCGGCGGCCGCCGCCAUGGGCACCGACAGCCGCGCGGCCGGGGCUCUCCUGGCGCGAGCCAGCACCCUGCACCUGCAGACCGGGAACCUGCUCAACUGGGGCCGCCUGCGCAAGAAGUGCCCGUCCACGCACAGCGAGGAGCUUCGAGAUUGUAUCCAAAAGACCUUAAAUGAGUGGAGUUCCCAAAUCAGCCCAGAUUUGGUCAGGGAAUUUCCAGAUGUCUUGGAAUGCACUGUAUCUCAUGCACUAGAAAAGAUAAAUCCUGAUGAGAGAGAAGAAAUGAAAGUUUCUGCAAAACUGUUCAUUGUGGGAUCAAAUUCCUCAUCAUCAACUAGAAGUGCAGUUGACAUGGCCUGUUCAGUCCUUGGAGUUGCACAGCUGGAUUCUGUGAUCAUUGCUUCACCGCCUAUUGAAGAUGGAGUUAAUCUUUCCUUGGAGCAUUUACAGCCUUACUGGGAGGAAUUAGAAAACUUAGUUCAAAGCAAGAAAAUUGUUGCUAUAGGAACAUCUGACCUAGACAAAACACAGUUGGAGCAGCUUUAUCAGUGGGCACAGGUAAAACCAAAUAGUAACCAAGUUAAUCUUGCGUCCUGCUGUGUAAUGCCACCUGAUUUGACUGCAUUUGCUAAGCAGUUUGAUAUACAACUACUAACUCACAAUGAUCCAAAAGAGCUGCUUUCAGAAGCAAGUUUCCAAGAAGCUCUUCAGGAAAGCAUUCCUGACAUCCAGGCACAAGAAUGGGUGCCCCUGUGGCUGCUGAGAUACUCAGUCAUUGUGAAAAGUAGAGGGAUUAUCAAAUCAAAAGGCUACAUUUUGCAAGCAAAAAGAAGGGGUUCUUAACUACAAUUUAUGGUCAUCUUAAUUUGCUGACCUGUAUUUUUCUUGAAUAUAAAAUUGAAAUGUAUAAAAAUCUAGCUGUUGCCUAUAAAAAGUGUCAUUGAGGCAAAUAUUCUUCAAAUUUUUUUUGGCAGUAUGUUGUCUGUCAAGUUUUGAAUACUUCUCUAGCCUCCAUUAUCAGUCCACUCACAUGAACUAUUAUUUUCACUAAGCUGUUGUUUUCUAAUUGAAAUCUAUAUAUAAUAUACUUAACAAUAUAUUUUCUUUUAUUUUUAUGAGUAACAGAAAUCAAGAAAAUUGGUUGUUAGAUAUAUUUUGGCUUAGUAUCAGGGUAAUGUACAUACAUAUUUUUAUUUCCAAAAUUCAUUAAUUGCUCUUACUCUGUAGUAUAACUAAGCAAUUUAAUUAGAAUUGUUAAAACUGAAACACUGGAAGAUAUUUUUCCUGUCAUUGAUAAAAUAAUUUUAUCUCAGAAUAACUGGAACAGCUGGGAUAUACUAGUGAGGUAAAUAAAAUUCAUUCUUCAACACAUGAACGAAAACUUAAACUUUUUUUUAACGUGUCCUUCCUUGCAGUUUAGUUACAAUGAUUUAACCAUGUAUUCUUGUGCCAUUUUCUCUUCCUAUUAGUUACAGAGACAAUCCAAAGUAAGUCCAGGGAUUAGAAGUUUUGAAAUUAUCAUUUAAGUGUUUUGCACAUGCAGUUGUUGUCAUCUACAGAUCAGAUUCUUUGCAUUUUUUAAUCCAUCCUUGGUAUAGUACUGUUCAUUCAGGAAUAUCUAACUCAAUUGCAUGUGCCACAUGAGCACAUGACACAGGGGCCACAGAUUAAGACUCAGCUGUAAAACAUGAGGUUCACUGUUAGUACCUGACCUAAAGGAACUAAACCAGAGAAGGGGGAGGGAAAAAAAAGUCUUUUUAAUUCAAUGCCACCACUGUCUUAAGUAUUUGUUUGAGAUGUGAUCCAAAACUUCAUUUUGUUUUUGUGCUGGGUACUGAAUCCAGAGCCUGGUAUAUGCUAAGCACAGACUCUACCACUAAGCUACAUCCACCCUACUCUUAACUAUUUUAAAGCAGAACAAUGUAAUCAAAACUUUAAGAGAUAAAAGUAAUUCAUUUAGUUUCUCACUAGUUUAAAAAACAGAAAAUUACAAAUAAAUGACUUCUGAUAUAUACUAAAGGUCUUCUUUGCUUUACAAAUUUUUAUCUAUAACCAAAACAAUUUGAACAUUAAAAAAAUCUUUUACCAAUACUUUAAAACCUAGACUUAUAUAAAAUUAAUUUUGCUCAAAUUGUUUUCAUCUUAGGGAAAAGAACUAUGGUUCCAUAUUCAAAAUACAGUAGACCCUUUACCUAAAGUAAGGUUUUGUGGCUUACUGGUUAGAUAAUUUGAACAUUAGAAUUAUAAUGUAAGAGCUGACUUACCUACUAAAACUUUUUUAGACUUUGAGCUACUUAAAGCCUUCUAGUCUUUAUAUAAAUUGUAUGCAAUGUUGUUAAAUAAAUGGGUGACUUUUU